ACUUUAUCCUACAUAAUUAAGUCUCUGGACAUGGGUUUCCAAUACACUCUUUCUCUUAAAUUGAUGGAUUGUUUGGUGUAUUUUUGCUAUCUUGCACAGUCAUCAUGAUGAACGUGAUUUCCAUAAAUCCCGCUCAUCGUAAGCGGCUCUGUUCCAUCACUGUCAUGCCCAACUCAUGCCAGCGCACGGUGUGGGAUACAUAAUCAACUAUAAAUCGUGACAGCUCGCUUUCGAACAUCAACACAGGACUGCCCCAGUUCCUCAUUACCCAAGAUGCCUGCAGACAAAUCCGGAUCCGCUCCUUGCCAGCCACGUAUCCUUACAUUUUCCAAGCCAACCGUCGAGCUAUUCGAGGCUGCGCUUCCCACGUUGAAAGAGGAGUCUAGACAAUGCAUCGAGAAUCUUUUGAGUUACCGUGCACGAUGUACGCAGGUCAAGUUCCCUCGGAGUCAGAGCGCGGCGGUCCUGGUUCCAUUGUUCAUCGGUCGCGCAGGGGACCUGUAUGUGUUACUGAGUCGGCGGUCAGCUAGCUUGAGGCAGUAUGCGGGUGAUACUGCACUUCCGGGAGGAAAGGUGGAUCCCCAAGAUAUUACUGCUGAGGAUACUGCGAUUGGGCUUAUCCCAGACCGGGAACGAGUACCCUUGCUGUGUGUGAUGGAGCCCUUUCUUGCUGGUAACCAGAUGGUAGUGACUCCGGUUGUUGUCCUCAUUCUUGACAAAACGAUGCAGCCCAGUCUCAACGAGUCGGAGGUGACCUCGAUAUUCUCACAACCCCUCGCUUCCUUCCUCGUGUCGUCCUUACCUUUCCACCCAUACCGUGUUCCAGAUCCAUCAAUGCCCUACCACACGACAAUAGAGUGGGAAUUAAGCGGAGGCGGUCGAAUCCGCAUGCAUCGCUUCCUCACCGGACGCGAAGCAGACGGCGUGAAACCUGUGUUUGGGCUUACUGCGAGCAUAUUGAUCCAUAUCGCCGUCUGGGGGUACAGACGCGCUCCAGAUUUUGAGUUUCAGCCACCAAACGCGCCUACGCAGGCUCAGCAAAUCGCUCGCGCGCUCCUCACGCCUUCGAAUCCACUGCGGUUGGCGUGCAAGUGCGAGGGUAUCGAUGCGAAUAUGAUGGCUGCCUUCAUUCUGCAUACACUGCAGGAGCUGAACUCUGGGCCUGGUAUGAUCGAGUGGGACAAGAGCGGUCAGGACUGGAGGCCCCCGACGGAGGGACCAAUCCCACAGCGCAUUGGCAACAUCAUCAAACAGGAUAAACAUAACAACGCGCAUGAACACCAGGAUAUGUAUAAGGAGAGGCAGGAACUCCAUUGGGAAGUGGGGGAUAACGCAGGGCAACGAAGAGGCCAUAAUAAGCGCAAGGAUGGUGACGCCAAACUCUGAUGUUCAACGGCGAACACACCCUCGUUGAUGCUGAUUAUAACUCGUCAUAUUAGAACUGGUGUCAUUGCCGGCCACAUACGCAGGAGUAGACGAUUUAUUAGACACAUUUGUACUUCUGCAAUAAAUUUACCCCCGUCUUGCUAUCAGUGUGAGCAGUUUCUGAUCGAAUUACGUCGAAA